AGUUAGGCAAGAUGGCCGCGUCCUUGAUAAACAUGUUGCACUUCGAACUGAAUGGACGAACCGCAGUACAGCCUAAAAUAACACAGAAAUGAUUUUGAGAAAGUAAUCACGAGUCGAGUUUAACAUGGAGAGAAGAGAAUUCGUUGCAUCGCUUGUGGCCGGGGGCUGUGCGGGGAUGUGUGUGGACCUCACCCUCUUUCCCCUGGACACCAUGAAGACCAGGCUGCAGAGCCAGCAGGGCUUCUCCAGGGCCGGGGGCUUCCGGGGCAUCUACGCAGGGGUCCCUUCAGCUGCGGUGGGGUCCUUCCCCAGCGCCGCGGCCUUCUUCGUCACCUACGAGUGCGCAAAGUCCCUGCUCCAGGUCUCCCCGGCCUCCAACAUGACCCCCGUCACCCACAUGGCGGCCGCCUCCUUGGGAGAAAUCGUGGCCUGCCUCAUCCGGGUGCCGUCGGAAGUGGUGAAACAAAGGACGCAAGCUUCCCCGUCCUCCAGCUCGUACCGGGAGCUGGUGGGCACCCUGAGAGAGGAGGGCUUCCGCGGACUCUACAGAGGCUACAGGAGUACGGUUAUUCGAGAGAUUCCAUUCUCCCUGGUGCAGUUUCCUUUAUGGGAAUAUUUGAAGAGCCUUUGGUCGUUGAGGCAAGGUCACGUGCUGUAUUCUUGGCAGUCGGCUGUUUGCGGAGCUUUCGCAGGCGGAGUUGCUGCCUUUGUCACAACCCCUCUGGAUGUAGCGAAGACCAGAAUAAUGUUGGCGAAGGCGGGGACCAGGACGGCCAGUGGAAACAUCCCUCUGGUGCUGUGUGAGGUGUGGAAGACCCGCGGGCUCUCAGGCCUCUUUGCCGGCAGUGUUCCGAGGAUGACCUUCAUCAGUGUGGGGGGCUUCAUCUUCCUCGGGGCGUACGAGAAGGUGCGCAGCGUGAUGCUGUAGGAGCGCGGCGUCUGGGACGAAGACCCCUUCCCGACCCGGUUUGAACUGGCCAUCAAAAGAGCUGAGGCAGGACACCUGGUGUCUGCAGUGCCCUCGUUCACCCUGAUCACAUUACCCAGGGAUCUGCAUUCUUGGUCAACAGCGUGCAGCAUAUUGAGUUUAACGGCGUAAAUUCCAAUUAUCUAACACAGAUUGCUUUCAGGGAGAGGAAUUUUACAACCCAGGGUGCUCUCUAUGAAAUGUGUGGUUGCAGGUGUUAUUAAAUGUUGUUUUAUAACCAAAUAAAGAUAAAUAAAGAUAUUAAUAAAUA